AUGGCUUCACGCGAUCCAUCACCAUUGUCAUCCAUCGGCACUGUCGACGAUUCAGAUCGCGACUCCGUCAAGCACGAGAGCCGCGCUCAAUCACCGUCAGCCGCCAAUAUGCCCCCGUCAAAACGACGUCGCACAGGAGUCGCAUCCUGGGAUCGCCAUACGCCUAUGUCCGCCAUACAAGAUGAAGUUCCACCUCCACCAUCACCCACAUCCUCCAUUUCCUCCGAUACCUCGGGGGAGAUCCCGAACUCGCCGCUGCUGUUCGGCGCCGCGCUCGGUGGUAAUACCCAAGAGGACGACUACAGCGGGCAAGGCGGCGAUCAGGUCACAGUGUGUAUGUGGGAUGGAUGUACAGCAGGUGACCUCGGCAACAUGGACGGCCUGGUGCAACAUAUCCACAAUGAGCACAUCGGGACCCGGCAGAAGCGCUAUUCGUGCGAGUGGAUGGACUGCUCACGCAAAGGGCAAACGCAUGCAAGUGCAUAUGCGUUGCGCGCCCACAUGAGGAGCCACACUCGAGAAAAACCAUUUUAUUGCACAUUGCCCGAGUGUGAUCGUAACUUCACUCGUUCGGAUGCCCUGACAAAACACAUGCGCUCUGUCCAUGAACUCGACAAUAUGCGACCUUCCGAAGUCAAGGCUGCGGCCCUGGGUAGCGCAACCGGCGCAACGGGGACCCCAAUCUCGAAGCCUCAACGGAUUCGUCUCAAACUCACACAGCCAGCAAAGGAACACGGCGGUGAUGCAGAUCAUGUGAACGAAUCCAUUUCGACCACGGCAGUUGGAAGCGACGACGCAGAAGAGGCGAGCGCAUCUGAAUUUGGGCCGGAACUCGGCUUCGACGAGCGGGAGCUGGCGAUGAAUCCGCGCGAUUUAUACCGCUUACUUCGAAGGCAGCUCAAUUGGGCCGAGAAGGACAAGGCACAAUUAGAAACCCAUUGGAGUCAGCUGCGACAAAAGCGUGAGCAGGCCUGGUUGGAGAAGGAGGCCAUCUUUGACGACGUGAUCGAUGCCGAGCUUCGACUCUUCAGUGCCAUCGUAGGCGACAUGGGGCCCCCUCCCGCCGGGUCCGGCAACCCAGCCACAAGCCUGGGCAAACUCCAACAGCAACAAAUGCAAUUCAAGCAACAACAGGAGCAACUACAAGCCAAAAAAGCAGAGAACCCCGACAACGAGGCUGAUCCCGCGGUGUAA